AUGUAUGGGAGAUUGGGCAGCUCCGAAAGCGCGCGCGACAUCUUCGAUGCGAUGGGAUCGAGCAGGAAUUCCUUCUCGUGGUCGCUGAUGAUGAAUGCCUACGCCAGGAAUUCCUUGCUGCGCGAGGCUAGGCGUGUUUUUGAUGAGAUGCCUGAGAGAGAUCGAAACCUAGUGUGCUGGAACGCACUACUCGCGGCAUAUGCCCAAACCGGGCACUUCGAGGACGCAGAGAAUCUCUUCGAUCAAAUGCCCGGGAGGGAUUUGGUAUCAUGGAACACAAUGUUAAACGCGUUUGUCACUAUCAGAGAUCUGGAUCAAACGGUAAAACUCUUUGAAAGUAUUCCAGAGCCAAACCUGAUUUCAUGGACUUCCAUGGUCACAGCAAAUGCCCAAUGCGGGCACCUGAAAGAAUCAAGAAGAAUGUUCAAUGACAUGCCCCAGAGAGAUAUUGUGUCGUGGAACGCCAUGGUGGCCGCAUUUACGCAGUGUGGGAGUUUUGAAGAGGGUAAAUUGGUGUUUGAUUGCAUGCCCGAGAGGGAUCUUGCGACGUGGAAUGUCAUGCUAACUGCGUAUGCCCAAGCAGGGCAAAUGGAGACUGCAGAGACUAUGUUCGAGGAGAUGCCACGCCAGGACCUGGGCUCUUGGAACGCAAUGCUUACAGGGUAUGCCUAUAGCGGGAGUACCAGGAAAGCAAAGGAUUGCUUUGAUCGCAUGCCCCAGUGGAAUAUAAUCUCCUGGAAUAUUAUGAUUUCUUCCUAUACUCAUGCAGAUCAGGCAAAGAGACUGUUUGAUCAAAUGCCGCAAAGAGAUGUGGUGUCCUUCAACGUGAUACUUGCUUUGUAUUUUGAAAAUGCUCGCCUUGAGGAAGCGAUAGGAGUCUUCGAUGCCAUGCCUGAAAGGAAUCUAGUGACUUGCAACUCUGUGUUAUCAGGAUAUGCCCAAAAUGGGCAUCUUGGGUUUGCCAAGCAAAUUUUUGGGGAAAUGAACGGGCAUGUUGAAGAGGCCAAACAUAUUUUUCAAAUUAUGCCACAGAAAGACUUGGUAUCGCUCACAUCUAUUCUCCCUGCUUAUGCCCAAACUGGGCAUCUAGAAGAUGCUAAAGCUUUGUUUGAUCAAAUGCCUGAGAAGGAUGUGGUGUUGUGGACCGCGAUGCUGGAUGCCUAUGGCCAGAACGGUAAGCUUGAGCUUGCCAAAGGAAUUUUUGAUGACAUGCCUUGCCAAAAUUUGAUAUCUUGGAAUGCAAUGUUGGUGGCUUAUGCGCAAAACGGGUAUCUGGAAGAGGUUAAGCAUUUCUUUGACGUCCUGCCACAGAGGAGCAUUGUGUCUUGGAACACAAUGCUAUUGACAUAUACCCUAUCAGGUCAUAUCCUGGCAGCAAGGAAGACGUUUGAUCAGAUAGGGGAGAGAGAUACCAUCACUUGGAACACCAUCCUUUCAGUUUAUGCUCAGAGUGGAACACAGCAUGUAGAGGCCUUUGAUCUCUUCACUAGGAUGAAGCUUCUUGAUUCUUGCGACGGAGCUUCAUUUGCCUUAGCUCUCAUUUCUUGUAGCUACAUUGGCAAUGUUUCCAAGGGCAGGGAACUGUUUGUGUCCAUGGCGACCGACUUUGGAAUCAAACCCUCAAAGCAACACUUUUGCUGCAUGGUUGACGUAUUUGCCCGGUCGGGGCAUCUGCUGAAAGCCGAGGAACUCCUUCUAAACAUGCCGUUUGUGCCGGAUGCCCUCGAGUGGAGAUGCUUGCUCGGAGCUUCUCGAAGCCACAACCGGGUCAGAGAUGGCGCUCGAGCCGCAAGCUUCGUGUUCGAUCUAGAUCCCAAAGACACGGCAGGGAGUCAAUGGGACGUGCCAACGAAGAGAUUCAACACGCGGGUUCGAUUCCCUCCCCCACAUGCACAAGCGAUGAAUAUUCCUCCCUUGGUUUGUAGACGAUGUUUUGGAUCGCGAGGCCCGCAGCGUGGAAGCAUCUCAGGUGUGAACGUCCCAGAACCCCUGCGUUGCGAGAGGCGAGUCUUUGGCGCAAGGGUUUUUGCCCGAAGAUCGGAGGCGCCGCGCGCGAGGAAAUCUUCGUCUGGUGAGUCCUAG